CGAGGGGUUGAAGUCCUUAGGGUAAACUCUCUCACUCCUUCUCGAGGCUGCCCACGAAGGUCCCCGCUCCUCUGUCAGCUGCGGGUGAUAGGGCAGCAGGUGCAGAACGAUUUGUCGAGAGCGCAGGACUCUUCGAUCAUUCCUGCAUCUGCCGAGCGACUUCUGCCCGAUCAGGCUUCGGCCCAAAUUUUCACGACCACCAUAAUCCACCCAUUCUUGCAGGAUGUCUUACGACGAUGUGGAAAUCGAGGACAUGGAUUGGAACGAGGGACUCGGCGCUUACACUUAUCCGUGUCCUUGUGGUGACUUGUUUCAGAUUACAAUGGCUGAACUGAAAAUUGGAGAAGAAAUUGCCCGAUGUCCCAGCUGCUCUCUUUACAUCACCGUGGUUUAUAAUCCGGAGGAUUUUAUGGAAACCAAGACGAAGAGUCAAAAGGUUCCUAUGAAAGCCCCCGACAAGCCUCAACCUGCUGCCAUCAGUGUUGCUUGAUCAUUGAAUCGUAUAAUUUGCAUUUCUGCUUCGGGAGAAGCAGCACAUGUUACAACGAGUAUCACAGAGUCGCAGGAAAUAUGGAGGGAUUGCAGCUUGUCAGUGUGGUUCAGAUGCUGAGACACUUGAGCCAGUGUCUAAUUGCGAGGAGCACCCUGGUUUCUGGAUUAGAAGCCGAUCAACUACUCUACUGUUCCGUACACGUUGGCCCUCAGGACAGAGCUUCAUGUCUGAAGUUCGUCUGGUAUCAUUAGAGUUUUGGGUUCCAGACAUGAGAGUGGGUGGUGAGGAUUUGUAUUAUUAGCAGUCUUUACAGUCACACGGAGCCCUGACUUUUUUUGGGGUUUAGUUUCUCCAUGUUGAGGCCAUACUACUUCAGAGUUGGUUAUGAGACAGGGAGUGUUUGUUAUUUACUGAUUGGUCACUACCCUGGGAGGAGGUUUUGCUCUGAAGUGUUGUACUCUCUUCUGUUCUAUUAAAAUGGCUUCAGGAUGCAAGCCUUCUUGUUGUCUCUGAAAGUUGUAUAUCGAAGGUCUUCGUCC